AUGAUCACCGUCAAUAUUAGCUCUGCGACCAAAGCAGAAGAUCACUAUGCGUAUAAUAUCGUUGUUACGGUGACCAAAGCAUCCGGGAACAUUUUCUUUAAGGCGAGUCGAAGAUAUAGCGAUUUCGACCGAUUGAGGAAAAGCAUUGAAGAACAGACCAAGAAGAAGUUGCCAUACAAUCUACCUUCGAAGCUGUCUAAUCUAUUUAAAAGAACAAGCAAUGCUAUUGAUAGACGUAGAAUAGAACUAAGUGAGUUCUCGAGGCAGUUGCUCAAUGAUUCAAAGUAUCAGACGAAUAUAUCAGUACUAGAGUUCUUCAACAUACCGAAGACUACAUUUAUGAAGUUAGACAACGAGGUAAGCGAGAAGAGACAAGAUCGAGUGAUGAAUCUGGAUGGAAAUGGAACAAUAGAGUCAUCUGGUAAAUGGAUAGAGUCUUUGAAAGAUGUGAAGUCAGUUCUUCAGAACGUUCGAACCAAGAUGUACACUAGUAAUGCCAACAUAGUGGACAUUAAGUCUCUACUUAAAAUCUGCCAGCACCGAGUUGUUAGUUUGGAGACUUAUUUGAAGUCUGAUACUGAAAUAGGGGCGGGAGAAUACGACAGAAGAAGGGAUAUGUUACGUAAUAUCAGACUAGAGUAUGAAGAGUUGGAUUCAUCAGCGACAAGUUUUAUUUCACAGAGACCUUUGGAUGAAACCAUCAAAGAAAAGGGGAGUAUAUUUAGGAGCCACAGGACUCUCGGGCAGCCUCGAGAAACAGAAGUCACCAAAUCCCUGGACAACAAACAACUCUACCAGGGCCAACAGAUACAGAUGGUAAAGCAAGAUGAACAGCUAGAAAGAUUACAUGGUACUAUACAGCGACAAAAGCAGCUUGGAAUGGCGAUUCACGAGGAAUUGGACGUACAGAAUGAGAUACUUAAAGAUCUUAACCACCAGGUGGAUAAGAGCUCGGAUAAAAUGCAACAUGCAAGACGAAACAUAGCCAAGAUUAUAUAA